GGAGCGCAGAAUAUCGAAUCAUGAUAUGCUAUCCAUCAAGCAGUCGCAUCCAGUAGAAUGAGGAUAAGAGAAAGCGGGAGGUGGAUGUGCUUUCUCUUCCGUAUUUCGUGUCAGAUACGGGAAAAUGAGACAGAAGCUUAUCGGCCCAAUGAAAGCCAGUCCUAGACCCCACAAGUGGGUUAAAAUACUUUGUGUAUCGGCUGCUUACCGCCGCACUUCAGAGUGAAUCCGACAGUCAUCUCUUCCUCUUCAACCUCAUUAAUGGCGGCGAGCAGCACAGAACGGAUAGCGAAACGCGCGGUCAGCCAGUUCGAUGGCGCUGAUGUCGCCUUCAUUAUCAUUGCUGGAGUAUUUGUCUUCCUUAUGGUUCCCGGUCUGGCGUUCCUGUAUUCCGGGCUAGCGCGAAGGAAGUCUGCGUUGUCCAUGAUUUGGGCUGUUUCUGCAAGCAAUGCAGUUGUUAUAUUCCAGUGGUAUUUCUGGGGCUACUCUCUGGCGUUUUCCCCGAGCGCCACGAACGGAUUCAUUGGAAACCUUAAUAGAUUUGGCCUUCGACAUACUCUCGGCGAUCCGAGUCCCGGUUCUCCGCUCAUUCCAGACAUUCUUUAUGCCUUCUAUCAAAUGGAGUUUGCCGCAGUAACUUGCGGGAUCUUGAUGGGUGCCUUGGCUGAGAGAGCUCGUGUCUUGCCAGCUAUGGUGUUCGUAUUUCUUUGGAUGACUCUUGUGUAUUGUCCGUUAGCAUGUUGGCCUUGGAACAUAAAUGGCUGGGGUUUCAAAUGGGGCGUUCUCGAUUAUGCUGGAGGCGGACCAGUUGAAAUCGGAUCCGGUGUCGGUGGUCUCGCAUUUUCUUGGGUUAUUGGCCGUAGAAAGGAGAAGGAGCUUCUCAACUUUCGCCCGCAUAAUGUAUCCCUUGUUGCAUUGGGAACCUUCCAGUUGUGGAUUGGUUGGCUAUGUUUCAACGGCGGAUCAGCUUUUGGAGCGAAUCUGCGCGCGAUAAUAGCCAUCUGGAACUCGAUGAUCGCUGCAGCGUUUGGCGGGAUUGUAUGGUGUCUUCUGGACUGGAGAAUAGAGCGUAAAUUUACGAUGGUCGGUUUCUGCUCUGGGACGAUCGCGGGGCUCGUCGCAGCUACCCCUGCCAGUGGAUUCAUUGAGCCAUGGGCAUCAUUGAUCAUGGGCAUAGUUGCUGGAGCGGCUUGCAACUUUGCAACUAAGUUGAAGUUCCUCAUGCGUAUUGAUGAUGCUCUUGAUUUAUUCGCUGAGCACGCCGUAGGUGGGAUCAUUGGCCUUUUAUUUAACGCGUUCUUCGCAAAGAAUUCUAUCAUCGCCCUUGAUGGUGUGAACACAUCUAUUCGUGGAGGCUGGUUGGAUCACAAUUGGAAGCAACUCUACAUACAAUUCGCCUAUAUUUGCGCUGCUUGUGGUUACACGUUCGUCGUGACGGCCCUGCUGGCGAAGGCAGUGGACAUCAUACCCGGCCUACAUCUGCGCGCUUCGGACGAGGCGGAGCAUAUGGGCAUGGACGACGAUCAGAUUGGCGAAUUCGCGAGCGACUAUAUUGAAGUCCGCCGAGACUUUGAUGAUUGGACCCCUCCCGCAGGUGUAGAAAAGACUUGGGGCUUGCGCUCGCGAGUCGGCACAGACUCGGACUCAUCAGUGCCACAGACCGUUCACGUCGCUGCUGGAGACCGACACGGAUAUACCGAAACGGGCGAACACCAGAAACGAACGGUUCGCAAUGGUAAUGCCACCACGCCGAAUGGGCCAACGACUCUUGAGACAAUAUCGGAAAAAGUAUAACGAAGGUCACGAAAAAAAGGGAAAUUUUCUGCUUUCCUUGGCUCCGCAUUGCAGCCUUUCAAAAUAUAUCCCGAAUAUUCGGCACGUCAUCUAACGACAAAUUGGAUCUACCAUCUACAAUGCACGUCACAAAAUUAUAUUGGAGCAGCAUCGCACACGUUUUUACGAAGACUCAUUAUCAUUUUGGUACCCUUACCAUUUCGUGAAUGUAUUUUCCCGCUCUACAAUGCUAAAAAUUUGAUAUUGCCC